GAGUCAGUCGUCGUGAUACCAUUGAAUCCAGAGCAAGGGUCGUUUCGAAAAUUCGCCCCUAAUCACAACAACAACAACUAGCUCACAAAAAUUAUACAGAAUAGAUAUUUUUCCAAAAUAAAGAAAAAAAGUAUCUAUUGUGUUUCUCUAUCGUUUAUCUUUUUGUUAGUUUAGUUUAUCUGUUCUUCGGUUAUUUAUACAUGUGAAUCCUUAACUAAGUUAAAUUUUUGGAUUGCAUUUCCACCUAACGGUGCAUCGUCACCCCUAUUAGCCGGUCCUGCUGAGUGCUGAUUGACUCUUUUUCCGUUUAUGGGUACCUACAAAGGACCCAGAAUUGUGUUUUUCUCGUCCUUUUUUUUUUUUUUGCUGUUGGUGGUUUUGUUUUCAAUCGCGUUCUGAUUUUUCGUGAGGAGUAGGUUUUCACGAAUUUUCCUCAAGUCUGAAAGUUCGAUAGUGGAUUCGUGUGACAGAUGUGCCGUCGAAGACGACGACGACGAAUUUUCGACACGGUGUCGAAUUAAGUUUAUUUUGAGUGUGAGAGUGAGAGCACUGUGAAAAUCCCUGUUAACGAAAAUAUGUAAAUUUAGUGUGUAUUCAGUUUCGCAUGAAAAAGAAGAGAAGGAGAAAGAAUGUAAAGAAUAUAACCAACCAUUCGAGCAACCAAAAAUAAAAUCUAAAGAAAAAUAGUGGAAGUGAAAAAUCAUCUAAUACUGGAAAUAUUCAAUCCCAAUGUUUGUGAGAAAGUGUUGAAAAAUUCAAAAAGAGAAAAUAUUGUGCACAAAGUGAUGAAAAAUCAAAGAAAAAUUAAGUCCUCGAGGCCAAAUCCGCACCGAAAAGUGUAAUGCAAAUUGUCGAAAUUGUCAGAGCAGAAUGUGGAUUAGGAAUUUAGCCGAGGGGUUCCGCAACAAGUCAAGCAUGGAUUACACAAGCUUGGGUUGCUGCGCGUUAGCCUUUGUUUUGUACAUAAACACCCUCAACUUUGGAUUCGUCUACGAUGACAGACGUGCCAUCUUGGGAAAUACAGAUGUAGCUGGAACCACCCCUUGGCAACAAGCCUUCCUCCACGACUACUGGGGCACACCACUGACGGAUACGGGAUCGCACGGCUCCUACCGUCCAUUGUGUGUGUUAAGUUUUAAGUUGAACUACAUCCUGGGCGGUUAUACCCCGUGGGGCUACCAUCUAAUUAACAACUUAAUGCAUUGUCUGGCCACCGGGCUGGUGGUAAAAUUGGCCCGAAACUUCCUCUCGUCGAUGUGGGGCAUUGUGGCAACGGGUGCACUGUUCGCAGCCCACCCCGUUCACACGGAGGCAGUGGCCGGGAUUGUUGGUCGGGCCGAUCUCGCAGCCUGCAUAUUAUACCUGCUAACUUAUUUAACAUACAUUCGGCACAUUAUGUGGCGCGAGAGAAACGACAGCCGCCAGUGGCUGGCCAUCAUCCUCACCGUAGUUUUGUCGCUGUGUGCUUUGCUAUUCAAGGAGACUGCCAUAACAGCGCUCCUUGUUUGCGGUGUAUUCGAUGUCAUCAGGGGAUUAUGCGGAUUCGGGGAUAAGAAUCGCUGUCGUUCGCUGGGUAUCCUGGCAGUUGCUUUGGUGUGUACUGUUUAUGUACGUCUACAGGUGCUGCCUCGACCGCAAAGCUAUUUUUCAACAGCAGACAAUCCAAUAGCGAAAUCAAAUUCGUUGUGGACACGUUUUCUGACGUUCCUCUAUCUGCCUGUUUUCAACUUCAAGCUGCUCGUGAAUCCUACGGUGCUUAGUUUCGAUUGGGGUAUGGAUGCUGUGCCACGGAUAACAUCGCUUUGGGACAGACGCAACGUGUUGAGUGCGGGAUUUUACACCAUUCUGGUCCUGGUCCUGUGGCUAAGCACAAAGAGGCUGGCAGAAAGGCAGAUAUCCGCCGGAACACAUCGCUACAAGAGACCACUUUUGCACCAACAGCACCAAUACCACCACCAUAGGAAAUCCAGGACGAAGAAAAAGUACACGAUAAUAAAUCAAAACCCCAUCGAUGGGCUGCUCCCAGCAUACACGCCCUGUGUGGAGGUUUCAUCGGCCUCGGCCCUGGUGCUCAAGAAGGACUGCAUUUGUAGGAUAUGCAAGCAGGAGCUCACAGCUCGCCACACCAGUUCGUGCAGAGCCAUUAACAACAACAAUUCCGUGUUGCCGACGUCGUCGGCUACGGCGACAACGACAACGGGGGCCUUCAGUGACUGUGCUUGCUCCGAACUUUUGCUGGACAGGAUGGACAUGGUCCAGCAGCAGCAACAUUCUAAAACGGACGUAGACGCCUCACAAAACAACUGCCGCAUAACACCGCGCAGCAGCCGAAGCAGCAGCAGUUGCAGCAACAGCACAACGGCCAGUAGCAAGAGCUCGAGCAGUGCAGCUAGCAGCUGCACUCUGACCAGUAGCUUCAAUGUAAAUAGUAAUUGUCAGAACCUUCUUAUUAGCAGCAAUCCGGCAACAUACAACGCGGUUGUCCUGCUGAUGGUGCUGGCUUUCAUCACGCUUCCAUUUCUACCUGCAACGAAUUUAUUUUUUUACGUCGGCUUUGUGGUGGCCGAACGGCUGUUAUAUCUCCCCAGUGUCGGGUAUUGCCUGUUAGUUGGUUUUGGCAUCGGUAAGCUUAUGGAGCCGCUUAGGCAUCAGCGGAACAAAAGGAUAGCUGUGCUUCUGUGUUUGAGUUUGACAUUGAGUGUGCUCAGUGUCCGGACGGUGAGGCGCAACUUGGAUUGGAGAGACGAGGAGAGCCUGUACAGGAGUGCAAUAGGUGUUAAUCCACCAAAAGCGCUCGGAAAUUUGGGAAGUGUCCUUAGCUCGCAAGCGCGGUAUGCCGAAGCGAAAGAAGUGCUCCUAGAGGCAAUUAAGCAUAGGCCAAAUAUGGCUGAUGUCCACUUUAAUCUAGGAAUUCUGCAUCAAAAUCAGCAGAACUUUAAAAAUGCAGUAGAGAAUUUCCAGAGGGCGAUACAAUUUCGUCCCAAUCUGGCAGUUGCUUAUCUGAAUCUGGGAACAUCGCUGAUAGCCAUGGGCAAGUGUCAUGAAGCAGUUAAAGUGUUGCAAGAGGGAACAAAAACUGAUGGUACCGGGGUCAGAGACCGGGCUGCUCACGAAAAUGCACGCAUGUCGGCAUACCUUCAAUUGGGAAACUUGUAUGCCGAACAGGGAAAGUUGCAACGUGCUUUGGCUGUUUAUAGGGAAGCGAUGCAUUCACUUCCGGCGUACUUUCAGCGAGAGGUGCUCUAUCAUAGAAUAGGUGAUGUGCUUGGUCGCUUACAGCAAUGGGACGAGGCGGAAAAAUAUCACAGAGCUGCGCUACGAAUCCAACCGGAUCACGUAGCCGCACAUUUGUCGUAUGGAAACAUGCUUGCUAGAAAUAGCAGCAGAGCAUCAGAAGCUGAGCUGUGGUUUAAAAGAGCAUUGCAACUGGCUCCCGAUCAAUCUGGAGUAUAUCAUCACUAUGCGGAAUUUCUGUCAGGACUAACACGAGGAGAAGAAGCUUUGUACUAUCGGCUGAGAGCCGCUGAGUUAUCACCUAAUGAUUAUUCCCUCGUAGUGGCAGUUGCAACAGCCUUAAGACUCUUAGAUAGGAAAAUUGAAGCAGAAGCGUGGUAUCGAAAAGCAGUAAUGCUACGACCAGAUGACGCGCGAGCGCACACAAACUUAGGAGCCAUAUUGCACUUGUUAGGACGCACAAAUAACGCUGCGGUUAGUUAUAAGGAAGCCUUAAGACUGCAGCCCGGUGAUCCAACCACAUUGGGAAAUCUAGCCAAGCUCGGCAUAACCGAAGUGAAAUAAUAUCCACUCUUAAAUCAUUUAAACAAUAAAAUUAUUUUAAACUGCUCCCAUUACACCUACAAACCUACAACAGAAACAAAAUACACUAUAAACAUAACUAUCAUCAUCUCUAAACAUCAGCAAACUAUCAGCGUUGUAUAGUCCUUAUAAAUUAACAAAAAAAUAAAAUCCAAACAAAAUAUGACAAAAAAUAUAUGAAUCUCACGCCGCGCAACAAAAAUAUCACAUAUUCCAUUGCCAGAGGAUAUAAUUACAUCGUACAUGGCACAGCCAGGACGACCUCUUACGUGACGACUUAAGCGAACAAUAAAUUCAAUUAUUAUUAACGAUAUUUUAGUAAAUACGAUAUAAAAAAAGGAAUUUACUUAUGGUUAUUGUAUAUAGUAUUUGGAAAUAAACAAAAUAAAGAAAAAAACGGGGCAGAAGGAGGUCCAGGGCCGACCUCCUUGAGGAAGGACCUACCAACCUUAUACAUAAUAUUAUUGUUGUAAAUGCCAUGUAAAUAACUUGUAGAUAUUAAAUGAUAAUAAUAACAAUGGAACAAAAACAAAAAAAUAUGAGAACCCAACAAAUGUCCUAUAUUUGUGUAUUUUUAUAAAAAUAAAUGAAACUGUCGGUAAAAAUUAUUGAGAAAUGAACUUAAAUUGUUUGCAUGCGAUAUGUCAUCUUCACACACCACACAAAACCAAAAUAUUGAUUUUUGUUUUCUAAACCCUCUCAGUUUUCAUUCGUUGUUGACUUCCUCCCUCAGGAAAACACGUUUAAGUGUAAAAAUAAUAAAAAUAAUAAUAUUAUUAAAAAGAAUGUAUUAUUAUAAUUAAAAGGUCCUUCCUCCCUAACAAACGGAGUGAUGUGAAGAAUUUUGUUUUACUAGCCAGAAAGUUUUGUUUUUCUUUUUUGAUUUUAAUUCUUUAUUUUCUAUUAUUUAUGUUAUUUAAAGAAAUUAUAAGAAAAGUUAAAAAUAAAAUAUAUAUAUAUACAUAUAUACCAUGCAAAAUUAUAA